GUGCGCUGGAAGAUGGCCAGUCCCCCAGUGGCGUCCCCCGAGCCACCGCCCCCGGCGGGAUCCCUGACCCAGAGAAGAAGAUGAACUGUGGCACGCAGAACCUCGGCUCCGGGCCUCGGGCCCAGAAGCAGAAUGGCCUUUGGACCACAGAGGCUAAAAGAGACACAAAGCGCAUGUCUGCAAAAGAAGUCACCAUUAACGUGCCGGACAGCCUCCGACAGAUGGACAGAAGUAACAGAGUCACGAAGAACUGCGUCAACUAGCGGUGUCCUGACGUAGGAGCAGAGGGGCUUUGGGGGUCCCUUUUCGGUCCUGGAUGCCACCGAGGAAUCUUGGAAUGGCCGCCACCUGCGGGGCAGGGACACGGCUGGGCGCCUGGAACGAUGCCUCGACCCUCGGCCCCCGCCGCUCACAGACAGUGUGGAUGUACUGGACGGUCCUCGGGUGCCGAUGAGUGGCCGGGGUGCGGGUGGGUUCGCCCCUUUGCAGCCCCGUCCCAGGUCUGGGGUAGAUGGGGUGAGCCAAAGCUCCAGGUUGGUUUAUGAGCCAGAGGGGGCAGGGGUGCAUUUCCCUGCUGGGUGACAGUCGCACGCCGGUACCAGGCACCGCGUCCUAGGCACGCUCAUCCUUUUCCUUCUUUCUUUGUCACUCCUGCCAUCGCCGACCUUACAGGUUUCACUGAGAAGCUGGCUUCCCUCAGUUCUGGCCGAGAUGUUUAUGCGAACACAUGACCCAGGGGAAGUCCCUGUGUCUUAGCUCAGUGCAGGCGGUUAGAGCCCCACCAGUGCCCGCCCCUCAGUUCUGGCCGAGAUGUUUAUGCGAACACAUGACCCAGGGGAAGUCCCUGUGUCUUAGCUCAGUGCAGGCGGUUAGAGCCCCACCAGUGCCCGCCCCUCAGUUCUGGCCGAGAUGUUUAUGCGAACACAUGACCCAGGGGAAGUCCCUGUGUCUUAGCUCAGUGCAGGCGGUUAGAGCCCCACCAGUGCCCGCCCCGAGCGUCUGUGGGACUUCUCUGUGACAAGUCAUGUUGCCAUCUCCCUUGGCCCGGCAAGUGCUCGGUGCUGGUGUCUAAGCUCCAAGGCCGUUGGGGCCAGAGAUCCUGGCCGGGACACCCCUGGGCUCAGGCAGAGCUUUCCGCUGCCCUCUGCUCCUCCCGGGGUUUUCUUCCCUUGGGGUCCUUCGUAGUUGUGAUCAAAGACAGUGAGGACGCCGGCAGGAGGCAAGUCGCAGGAACGUGGGCAUCACAGGCCUCCCGGCUCUGCCCGCCGCCUGGCGCCGAGCCGUCUGCAGCCUGCGGAGCAGUGACUGAGAAAGCCAGCGCCUGCCCGGCGCUGCGAAUUCACAGACGUAGACCGGCUGGGCUGUGUUGGCCGACAGGCUGCUGACGGGUAGGUGACAUUUCGAUAGGAGUCGUUUUCCAGCACUUUUAAAAACCAUGUUCUGCCUGGCAUAUUUUCCUCCAAAUGAUGUAGCAUGCUUUCUAAAGGACUGUUAACACGCCUGGGACCAGGCAGGCGGGCUUACGUCCGUGCUGGCAGAGACGGGCCGCCUCGCUGGGCUCUGUGGCGUGGGCUGGGGACUCGACAGAGGCUGCGGUUCAGACGCUGGGCCCUCUCCGCCCUCCCUCCUCCCCCGCAGGUACCGCAGUGUUCCUUCUUCUGGCCUGGGCCGGUGGCGUAGACUUAAACAAAACGCCCGCCGGCCACAGACACCGUGCAGAUAGUCGCCUGUGUGCACCCAACGCAGGGAGCAGCGAGGGACGGGAGUGACCACACCCCAGGGCCGGGUGCUGGGCGGCGCUCUGUGCGGCCUCCCCUGUUCCCCCUCCCCUGUUCCCGCAGCUGUGUGUGUCAAGCCACAGGUCGAGGUGACCGGCUGAUCGCUGUACCACCCUUACUGUGCACAAACCCGCUUUCCUAACCUCCCACACUCCGAUUCCCUGCGAAAGGGCUGAUAGGGAACUUCCCGUUCUCAGCGUUUUUAAAUAAAAGCCAACCUUGCCACCCCGGUGCCUUGGCGUACUCAG